UGUGUGUGUGCGAAGAGUUGUGCUGUUGCGUCUGUUUAUGCGUGUGUAGUUGUGUGGCUAUGUGUGUUUGAUGUAAAGGGUGUGUAUGGGCGGGGGUGGUCGAGGGAGCUGCGCGCGCGCUCGCGCGUGUGUGUGUGUGAGAGAGAUAGAAAAACACAUUAGAAAUAGAAGAAGGAUCUGAGAAAGUUUUGUCACUGGACGGGUGCGCUGGAUGGAUGGGGGUCGCACAGCCAGCAGUAUAGCCAACGCGAAAACCCAAAGGGAAGCGAAAACGAGCGAGCGCACGCCCAAGGCAAGGCACGCAGAGGCUUGCAGAGGGGCAGACAAUCGGUCCCAGUGCGCACACGGAUUAGCAGCGAUCAUUGUGUGGCCCACGGCGCCACGGGCACUGUCUUUGAGGGGCCAUUAGGGGCCUAGUAGCCCUGUCUGUCGCUCCGGACCCGAAACCCGUGUUGGAGCUGUUUUUGGUUGGUGUUUUUUCUUCUUUCGCUUCAACCCUACCACCCCCGCAUUCAGCCCUCCCUCCGCUGGCAUCCCUUUUGUGAGUGUGGUAAAGUGCACGCGGAGGGCGGGAGGGGCGGGUCCACAUGGUUUCCUCCUGAGACGGGCGGGUGCGCAACAACAACAACAACAACGACGACGACGGUCACACGGACGCACGCGCACGAUGGACGAGGAGGAAAGCCCGUUCCUGUCCGGAUAUCUUACCGUCAAGUCGCAGAGUGGCUUUUCAUGGCGUGUCACCAAAAAGGUCAAAUACUGUCAGCUGUUCAAGGCGAGCCGCCACGGGAUCGAGCGGCUUGAGAUUAGCGACGGCGAGCACGACAAAACCCGCCGGAUCGUGACGCUCGAGAACUGCGUCAAGAUAGUGCUGGACCAACCGCCCCAGAACACAAUCAACAUCGUCUCGAAGACGGGCCAGAUACAGCUGUACUCGCCGGACGAGGCGCUCGCCCGCCAGUGGACGAACGCGCUGCAGAUCGUCGCGUUCCGGGACAAGUCCGGCCAGGCGGCGCCGCCGCCCCCGCCCCGCCCGAACACGAUCGAGGAGGACAACGACCUCUACUGCUCGUCGUACAGCGAGGGCAUCUACACGGUGACGCUCAUCCCGACCGACGCCUCGAUCAAGAACGGGCUCGAGCCGACGAUGUACACGCUCGAGCUCGGGCAGACCGACAUGCGGCUGAAGUGCUACGAGGACGAGAGCGUCACGGUGGCGGUGUGGCCGUACCGCUACAUCCGCAAGUACGGCUACCGGGAGGGCAAGUUUACGUUCGAGGCGGGCCGGAAGUGCAACACCGGCGAGGGCACGUUCAAGCUGGACAACGCGAACCCGCAGGACAUCUUCCGCUGCAUGCUGACCAAGAUGAAGUCGAUGAAGCGGUUCAUCUCGUCCUCGUCCGAGGCGGAGGCGCACGCGCUCAGCAGCCAGCUGUGCGCGGCGCUCGCGAUGGAGCCGGGCUCGCGCAGCCCGCUGCCAGGCGUGCACUGCGACGAGAAUAUGGCCGCCCAUCUGUCCUCGAUCGAGCUGCUGCACGAGAUGUCGGCGCCGGGCGGCUGCUCGAUCGGUGCGAUCGCGCACCUCAAAAGCAUCCCGACCAAGCCGCCGCGCAAGCAGCCGGGCGGUGGUGGCGCCCCCGUCGUCGAGCUGCCCGAUCCAAAGCAUGCGAACGUGUCGACGGUGUUUAUCAAGAGCAAUGGGCAUACUAACAAUAACAAUAACAAUAACUACAAUCAUAGCAACAGUAACAGCGGCAGCAAUAGUGGCGGAACGACCCCGACCGGGCCGAUCCGCACCGUAACGCUCGGCACCGCGCCCGAUGGGGACGCGGGCGAACCGACGGUCGGCGCGGGCGUGGUGCUGGUGAGCGGAGCGAAAGCGAAGGGCGACCUGGACUACGAGUGCGUGAAGGACAUUACCGACGCGUGGAAGCUCUACGGGCUGAACGAGGUAAAACACACGGAAUCGAUGGUGGACGGUGGUGGUGGGCCGGUGGCGGGCGCCGUCAGUGCAGCGAUCAUCACCACUGCCACCGCUUGCACCACCACCACCACCAGCAUCACCACCUCCACCACGACCGCCACCACCACCAUUGGCCAGCAGGGCGCCGCCGAGCACGUGCGGCUCGAGUACGAUCGGUUGGACUUUUUCCGCACGACCACGCGGCACCCGUCGGCCGACUACAAAACGAUCGUCCCGAUCCGGCUGUCCGGCGACGGUACGGGCGUCCCGUGCCCGGCCCCCCAAUCCUCGGACGACUACGAAAUCAUCGGCGAACCGUCCCCGCCGCCGCCGCCGCUCCCACCGCUGGUAGCGGCGUCCGGCUACAGUGUCACGCUGCGCAGCCGCAGCCAGGAGGACGGCGGUGGCGGCGGUGCGUUCGACUAUUCAGUAUUCAGCGGCGGCGAGCAGGACGAGCAGCAUCCGCCCUCGCCCCAGCACCCACUGCCCCACCAGCACCAUCUCCACCAUCAUCAUCUACCGCAGCAGCAGCAGCAGCAGCAGCAGCAGCAGCCGCCGCCGCGCAACAACAUAACGGCCACGAUCAACUAUGCGACGAUCAGCAAACCGAAGCGGGUUUAACGGCGAGACCAACGGCUGUUUGUUUAGCCACAGUUUACGGUUCCAAUCAGUUUCCUUUUGUUUGGCCGUUUAGUUCAAACGAUAAGGAAACCAACGCCACCGGCUAAUUGUUUUUUUCUUUUUUUUUUUGCUCCUGGUUUCGUUUCGAGAUGGGUUAAAAUUGAUACUGCUUACUUUUUUUGUCUUUGCUAGUAAGCUGGUACGCAAAAUGUGAUAUGUUUGUUUUGUACUUUUUUUAAAAUCUUUUUGGUAUUGCAAACAGACCAAGAAAGGCGGAAAACUCGCACACUGGAACACGCUCCCUCCGGAAUCAUUUUCUAAGAGUGGUAUUUUUUUUUAAAUUUUGUUUCUCAACAUUCCAAUCUCAAAAAAACACGCCAUUCCCCGAAGCUAACGAAAAGGCGCGGUAGAGGAUAGAGAAGUGAGCGCGAGUCUGUUGCUGAACUGAACUGCUUGCCAAUGCUCACACCGGUAGGAAGGAAGGAAGUACAUCUGUCUCUGUGUACUGUGAUUUGCAAAAGGUAUUGUUUUAUGUGGUUUUAGUUGUUUGUUGUUGUUGUUGUGUAAGCAAGCAAGAAAAACGGUGGCCCGCAGCAUUGCGCAGGAUGCAGUUAGUAGGCUCGCGCACAAACUCGAUGCAGCAUAGUGUGUAGGAAUUGUUAGGGACAGCGUUAGAGCGUUAGACCGUAAGCAAGGCAACUGCCGCCAAGUGCCCAUUUUUGGAAACAUCAUCCCAAGUGCCUAGCGAGAAAGUAAUCACUAUAGAGUGUACGCGCGUAUACACAGACCCCGCAUAGAAGAGCACGCACAGCAGAGAAUUAUUAUAGUGUAAGAAACCAGCAGUAUGGUAUUCCGUAAAUAAGCAGCACGUAGCAGUUUACUGCAAGCAAGCAAACGUUGUGCCAUAGAUGUUUUUGGCAGCCCAUUUUUUUAAACCUUUAUUACCUAUACCCUUGAUAAUAAGCGCCAUUACGCGGUACUGACAACGAAACUGACCACGAAAUAAAAAAGGAACGCGACAGCGACAAGGAUUUCCAUUUUAAUGUACGAAAGUGAUAA